CCCGGUCAGACCUGGUCUGUGAGAGCCGGAUUCACCGGGAGGAGCCAGAGGUAACGAUACAGAACAUCCCGGAGAGUCUAACGGAAAUCUGUCGCGUCCACAUGAAAACGGACGUUUUCACGGCAGCGGUUUGGUUUAAUGAAGCGGAAUUUAUCCGCAGCGUUUCCCUCCAUUCACUCACAUACGACCCGGCACAGCCGGGGGUCGGUAACCGGACCCGGUCCUGAACUGCAGGUGGCGGAGCUGGUGGUGGAUAACUGUCGCUCCGGGGACGGGGAGGUGGAGGGUCUGACGGACGAGUACACGGAGCUGGAGAUCCUCAGCAUGGUGAACGUCGGCCUCAGCUCGCUCUCCAAACUGCCCUCUCUGCCCAAACUACGCAAGCUGGAGGUCAGUGACAACACCAUCUCUGGAGGUCUGGACUCUCUGGCUGAGAAGUGUCCCAACCUGAGCUACCUGAACCUGAGCGGCAACAAGAUCAAAGAGCUCAGCUCCAUCCAGGCUCUGCAGAACCUGAAGAACCUGAAGAGUCUGGACCUGUACAGCUGUGAGGUGACCGCGCUGGACGACUACAGAGAGAGUGUGUUUGAGCUCCUGCCUCAGCUCACGUACCUGGACGGAUACGACCAGCAAGACAACGAGGUCCCCGACUCCGAGGCCGACAAUGAUGACGAGGACGAGGCCGGUCCACCUGGAGACGACGACGACGAAGACGAGGAGGAGGACGAUGAGGAAGGCUCUGAGGGAGAGGAUGACGAGGUGGGACUGUCGUACCUGAUGAAGGAGGGGAUCCAGGAUGAGGAGGACGAUGGAGACUAUGUUGAAGAGGAGGAGGAGGACGAGGAGGAGGAGGAAGAUGGAGAUGAGGACGGUGCAGGUGUUCGGGGGGAGAAGAGGAAGAGAGAUGCUGAGGACGAAGGUGACGAUGAUGACGAUGAAUAAAACACCUUCACAUUGUAACACCUGACCCCCCCUCCCCUCCCCUCAUCGUUCUCCAGUGACCUCUGACCCCGCUGGGCGAGGCCUCAGAGCCGCAGACAGACAGGAAUAGACCACACGAGUCCAGGUCUGAACUUUGACCUCAGUCAAUCAGAAAUCAGUCACUUUCCCUUGUGAUCAGUUUAUUAGGAACACCUGUUCACUGCGUCAUCAGAGGCUCAGUCUGACUGAACACCACCACAGGUGUACCUGUCUACCUGAGCUGGGUCACAGGUGUUCCUAAUAAAGUGAGCACUGUUUAUUCUAAUGUUAAACACCAGGUAAAUAAAACUACACCUGCAGGCUCCGCCGCCUCACCUGGACCCAACACCAGGUGAGAACAGGGUCUGAUCCAGACCUGAUCAGACCUGAUCAGACCUCUGUGAUCGUCUCUUCUCCUCUGGAGGUUAUUGAUCUGUCAGGUUAUUGAUCAUCUGUUAGAUGUGAUCCUGGAUCAGGUCUCUGCAGUGUUGUCUGGAUCUGGACUGAUCCUGGUCACCGAGGUCUGAUCUCUGUCAGGCGGAUCAGUGAAACAUCAUCGAUCAAUAACAGAAGAUCUGAGUCAGGAACCUGUAAUCAGGUCUGGAUUUCAUCUGUCCAGGUCCAGGUCUGUUGUCUUCCUUCAUCUCUCCUCAAUCAGGACUUUGGUCUCCUUCAGUUCCCAUGAUUCUCAGCAGCUGUUACCGUGGAGACGACUCCUCAGAGAUGUGACAUCAGCAGCUCUCUGAUUGGACACUGACUGUUACUACGUUAAAACCCCCCCGUCACCUGUCACCUGUGGGUCUGCAGCUCGGCUCAGUCCAACUCCUUCUGGUCUCUGUGGGUCCUGGUCUCUGUGGGUCCUGGUGUGUAAAUAGAAGCGGUCUGUGUGGGUCUGUGGUCUGUGGACUCUGUUCCUCUCAGUGGAUUUUAUUUUUUUAUUCGUGUCGUCGUUUCUCUGUAACCGAGUGUUUUUCAAUAAAAACAACUGAAUUCUC